GUGUGUGUGGCUGCAGGUCCUCCUCUCGUCACCAGACCUCCUCUGUAGUGGCAUCAGAAGGAAACCUCCAAGAUGGGCACCGCGGACAAGCUGGUGGAUCUGAUGUUCAGAUGGAUGGAGAAGAGGGAGCGCUGUGCGGAGCAGCUGAGGGAACUGGCCCGGGAGCUGGAGGUUCUCAGAAAGAAGUGCAACGGCAGCCAGUGUGUCGGGAACUCAGUGUCGGUGGUAGGAGCUGCUAGCCUGCUUGGAGCCGGCGUGGCCACAUUGUGCACCGGCGGAUUAGCGGCUCCGUUUCUAGGUUUAUUAGGAGCAGCCUAUACAGUUGUAGGUUUAACCAUAUCUGGGGUUACUCAACUAACUGAGUACCUCUCAUCCAGCGAGAGGACGAAGAAGGCGGAGAGCAUAGAAAGCGAGAGCAAAAGGAUUGCAGAAGAAAUCGAUGAUCUGUUCGAGCAGCUAAAGGCGGAGUGUAAGGCGGAGAGCGUCAACGCAGACGAAGACGAGCUGGACCAACUAGUCAUGGCUAAGUUGCCUGCAGCCAUCGCCAGAAGGAAUGAUCAAAAGUGGACUGUCUGUGAUAGCAUCAAGCGGUCUUCUUCAUCUGGGCCACAGUUUUCUGAGAAUGCACCACUAUUAAACCAAAAACAGAAUGCAUUUAAGGUUGGACUUGCUAGUGUUUUAGUAGUCUUUGCAUUUAAAGCAAGUGGAAAGAAAGCUAAACUGCUGGUUGCAGAAGCAGGCAAACAACUCAUCAAAAAAAUAGGGUGCACUGCCUCUAAAGUAGGGCGCACUGCCCUUAAAGCAGGGGGCUUGGUUGUAGGAGUUGUUGGACUUGCAUUUGCACUUCAUGAUGCAAUAGACAGCUGGAAGAAAAUGAUCAAGAACAAUCACGCGACUGAAGCGAGCCAAUCCCUGAGAGAUACCGCCGACUCCUUGGACGAGAUUUGCCGGAUGCUGAUGAUUCAGUUGGAAGACAUAAACAUCAGAAGCAACAACACGCCCACAUACCCACAUACUGUAUGA